UGCACAUUCAUCUCUCUUCCGGACUCAUUCCCUCUCGGUUGUGUGCAGACAGCGAGCGUCCAUUACAAUUAAAUGCAUCCGGACAAUUCUGCAACAGUCCCGCCAUUGACCUACUUCCGGUCAGCGCUGAGUGAGUCCACACGGCCCCUCGUCUCCUCUGAAGGUUAGAGUGAUUUUCAGCUGGUCUGCUAACCGCCAAAGAAGUCCAGAGAAGAAGAAGAAGAAGCUCAGUGCUGAGACCAGACACUUGUGGAGAGGAACGCCGUCCAUCAUUGAAUCUGACUUCAGGGCAGCUGUCUGAGGAAGAAAGAUGACUCCCCCUCUCAAGAAACGGAGGGGCACGCCUCGUAGUCAUGACUGUCAGCAGUGUGGUAAAGAGUUCUCUUCUUCAUCACGUUUAAAGACGCAUAUGCGAGUUCACACUGGAGAGAAACCAUACAGCUGUGAUCAGUGUGGGAAAAAUUUUGCUCAAAAAAAGGAGUUAAAGAUCCACCAACGAACUCACACAGGAGAGAAACCGUACAGCUGUGAUCAGUGUGGUUUGGCCUUCUCUCAAGCAAGUGCUCUAAGGAUGCAUCAGCGUAUCCACACUGGAGAGAAACCGUACAGCUGUGAGCAAUGUGGGAAAGCUUUCAUACAUUCAUCUGCACUGAAGAAUCAUAUACGCACUCACACCGGAGAGAAACCAUACAAAUGUGAGGACUGUGGUAAAAGUUUCAGUCAGGUGGGUAACUUCAAGACUCACAGAAACAUCCACACCAGAGAAUUACUCUACCCUUGUCAGGAUUGUGGUAAAGUCUUUACAAAUCAAGAUGCUUUAAAGCGUCAUGAGCGUAUUCACACUGGAGAGAAACCGUACAGCUGUGAGCAAUGUGGGAAAACCUUCAGGCAACAAAGCAACUUAACAGUCCACCAGCAGAUCCACACUGGAGAGAAACCACACAAAUGUAGACACUGUGAGAAAGCCUUCAGAUGUCAACAGGACUGCAUCACACAUGAAUGCAUCCACACUGGUCUGAAACCAUACGUCUGUGGGGAGUGUGGGAAGAGUUUUGAUAGGUCAUCUUCACUUCGCCAACAUGAACUCACCCAUGCUGGAGUCAGAGAGUACCAGUGUGAGCGCUGUGACAAAAGGUUUGUUUCAGCUCACAGUCUUGAGAAGCAUCUGCGUAUCCACACUGGACACAGGCCGUACUGGUGUGUUGGUUGUGAGAAAAGCUUCACAUGGAGCUCUGGGCUGAAAACACACAAAUGUGUCAAAAAAGAGAGCUAAAGUUCUUUGUAGUCUUCAACUGUUUGACUAACUUUUAGAUGUGUAAUUGUUCUACACUAACUGUUCAUAAAUAGAAGAGUGAAUCAGCUUUAGAAAAAGGAUAGAAGACGAUGAAACACAGAGACUUUUAAAACACUUGUGCUGAGUCUUGAGAGUGUUGAUGUUGUAAAUGUUUUCAUCCAAACUAAAGAAUUGUAGUGAACACUUCAAUCUUGAAUGCUCACACUUAUGUUUGAAAGUCUAUUUACAGACGAUCACACUACUAGCUAGGACCAGAAAUAUUCAAGCAUUUUAACUAGUUUUCAACAUUUCUGACUGUUAAUACAAGAAUUGUUAUUUUUCAGCAUAUUUUUCAAUAAUCUUUCUUUUUUUGCAUACUGUUCUGAAAUGAAAUCAGUGAACUCUAACAUUUUAUGGUCUGUUUGGGCAGUUUAACUUGAAAUGAGUCUGUUAUUACUUGUUAGUUUGAAUAAUUUAGUGAUGUUUUGUUCAGUAAUCUGAAUUUAUUGUUAUAAUAGAGUUGUUAACCUUCUUCUUUUUCAUGUUUAGCUUUUCAAGGCACAACUGUAAACUCUCUAAUCCUGACUUUAGUUUGAAAUUGAACUUGUAAUGAUUGAAUAAUAAAACAGGAAUGGUUCUCUUCUCUU